ACGCCAUGUUGGUUCGUCCUGUUGACGUCUCUCUGUUUUUGAAGAGCAGCUGGCUUUACACAUAAAUCCUAUUAGAAACUUUCUGCUGAUUGUGAGCGAUUGAGUCCUAGGCUCCCCACUUUCUUCAUUAUCUCCAUUGUGUUGAAUGGCCUACUUAUUCUUCCUUUUUAAUUAAGAACUUUUAGGGAAAAGAGGAGUUUGUAGUUUGUUAGAGCUGAAGUCACUGGCCACACAAUGUCUGCAGAGAAGGUAAAGUUAUCGUAACUGUGUUUUGAAGAGCUUUUCUUGUUGAAAGGAUGCUAGAGAGAAGGAAUACUCGUGAUGGGUCCUAUAAAGUUAUAACAUUUCUCUAAUAGCAUUGUGAUUCAUUCAGAUAUACUGUAAUGGUGUUUACGAUGACUACAGAUGCAAUUACAUGCCCUCUUGAUUGCUAGACAAUUCAGUGGAUAGAAGACCAGUUUACCAGUAAUCAGAUUAUUUCAACAGAAUACUCAAGUGAUUGAGCAUGCUGCUGUGGUAUUGUUACAGUUCUAAAGUGGUUGAUUUACCCCAGCCUGUUGUGCGUAGUAAGUAAGUAGCCCUUGUGCAAGCCAGAUCGGCUCACAGGAACAGGAGCCUAACUCCUGUUUCAUAGCGUGAGGCAGCUUAAUUUAAAAGGACACCAUCUGGAUGCGAGUCUAUCACAAGGCCCCCAAUCUAUCUUCUUAAUGCUGAGUGCCAAGCAGAGAUGCACCAGGUCCCAUUUUUACAGUCUUUGGUAUGACUCGGCCGGGGAUCGAACUAUUCAUCUUCCAAUCUCACUUUAAUCACAAGGCCACUGAGUUGGUGUCUGUUGUGUAACGAUGGUUCUGUAGAAUUGGCCACUGGGCUGUGACGAGGUUCUGGUACAUAUGUGAGGUAACAUAUUGCUAUGGUGUGGGAAAGGCUGGGGUUGUGGGGUUGACAGAGGCCUCAUGCCCAUUGAAACUGUGGGCGAAGGAUUUACCCAUCUGACAUAUUCAAUAUAUUAAACAUAUUGAUGCAGUGGAUGCAAAGAUUUUGAAUUUGCCAUCGGUUUCCCCCCUUGAAAAAAUGGCAUGAUGACGGCUUUGUCUGCAGGCCGCCAUUACUCAAAUGAGGUGAGGACAGAAAUAGAGCCACAUCUUAAUCGGAUUACUGUGGUCAUCCAUCGCUGCACUCCGUCAGUCAGUGUUUAAAUGACCAGAAUCACAGUGGCUGACCUUAUUCUAGUUUUGUUGGGAUGCUGUGGUGUGGUGUGGUGAUAGUUGGUUUCCGGUCAGUAGUCCCAUGAAAGGGAUUGCUGGGAGUAGUGGGAGGCUGGCUGACAUAAUACCAGUAAUACCAGAGCAAGGCUCAUAUAGUGGGACAACUGACUGGUUACUGUGGGACAUGGCCUGUGAAUAGGACUGAUUGGGAGAAAAGCUGAAUGUGCUUGUGUGUUGAAUAACGUUGGAUUGUUCGGUGCACUUCCAACUGCACAAUGUGGAAGUGCACAAGAGUGUUUUUAAGAAUGAGAAGAAAAUAUCUGCCAAUUGUAAUUAUAUAUGCAUUGAUUCUAAGGUACAGAAACAUUCCUCUCAAUACUUGUUUUCCUCAGCAGCCUUGUGUAGUUAUGGCUCUGUUUAUUACUCUAAAUCUCUCUCUAAAGCCCUACUACUACAAUAUAAUGAUGUAACUUCCUUAACGCUGGAUGUGACGCAACAUGUUUAUGUGAUUGAGGCAGGUGACUGAAAUGCUUGAUUGUUAGGUCACUGUGUCAGAAGGGCAGGUUACAUAAUAUAGGAAGUAUUGACUAGAAUAUUCUAAUGAUUAUUAUCUGUUCACUAUUUCCCUUUUGAAAGCGAAUCGGUUUUAAGAGAAUGUCUUGACACUGUAGUAAAAAUAUAUAAUAUUGGAUAAUCAAGUAUACUGUAUUUAUAGUAGUGUGAUUUGAAAUGUACAGUGCUUUACUUGUUUCUGUCUCCAUACCUUUCCGCUUGCACUUUACACUGUCUUUUGAAUGGUAAGUCACUAAAAUUCUCAUGCUCCUGUACAGACAUUUACUAUUGGCAUACACUGAGUGUACAAAACAUUAGGAACACCUUCCUGAUAUUGAGUUGCACCCCCUUUUGCCCCCAGGACAGCCUCAAUUCGUCGGGGCAUGGACUCUACAAGGUGUCGAAAGUGUUACACAGUGAUGCUGGCCCAUGUUGACUUCAAUGCUUCCCACAAUUGUGUCAAGUUGUCUGGAUGUCCUUUGGGUGGUGGACCAUUCUUGAUACACACAGGAAACUGUUGAGCGUGAAAAACCCAGCAGCGUUGCAGUUCUUGACACACUUAAACCGGUGUGCCUGGCACCUAAUACCAUACCCUGUUCAAAGGCACUUCAAAUAUUUGUCUUGCCCAUUCAGCCUUUGAAUAGCACACAUACACAAUCCAUGUCUCAAUUGUCUCAAGGCUUAAAAAUCCUUAUUUAACCUGUCUCCUCCCCUUCAUCUACACUGAUUGGAGUGGAUUUAAGAGGUGACAUCAAUAAGGGAUCAUAGCUUUCACCUGGUCAGUCUGUCAUGGAAAGAGCAGGUGUUCAUAAUGCUUUAGACACUCAGUGUAAAUGCAUGGUUCAUGCAAAAGGCUGUUAUGCACAUACAGUAGAUCUUAAUGUAGGAUUUUGUUCUUACUGCAUAGCUGUGUCAUCUCUCUCUGGUGUCUGCCCCUCUCUCCUCCUCGUCUCAUCUCUGACUCUUCUUCCUGUAGAUAAUGCUUUCUAGAAGCCAAAGAAGAAGAAGGCAGAGUCAGCCAGCCCAGCCACCAAUGGUGCCGAUGCCAAGCCCAAAAAGAGCAAGAGCAAGAAGAGCGAAGAGCUGUCUGGAGAGGAGAGUCCUGCUGUUCAAAGUACGGACUGCUCUGCACAGUUUCAAUGAGAUGUCUUCAAAUGAGGCAUACGCAAAUGAUUGUUUAAAAGUUCACCAACAUUUUGGCAAAAUGUUGGUGAUCCACAAAUAAAUAAUGUAUAUCUGAGAUAGUGUGCAGUAUCCAAAUGUAAUGAAUAAAUAUGAUUAUCACUCAAAAAUAUAUUAAUUUCUUUGGAGGUCAUCUCUCAAUCUCUGGGUUUUUUGAAAAAAUAGAUGGAAAAAAGGUAAAGAAAAAGAAACCAGACGAAGAAAAGCCAGAAAAGGAAAAAGGGAAAGACAAAGACGAGCCAAAGAAGAAAACAAAAAGUGUGCCAGAGAAAAAGAAAGGUAAGCAGUCAGCAGUAUAACUGAGAUGAUGCUCUACGUGAACUGCAUGUUAAAGCAUCAAAACGUAUUUAAAACCCAAUAAAAAGUGCACUUCUUUUCUGCUCAAGGUUCAGAUACAGAAGAAGAAGAUGAUGAGGAAGAGACUCCACACAAAAAGACAAAGAAAAAGACCACAAAAGAAGGUUCUGGCAAAGAGAAGAAACCCAAAGCUAAAGGUGGGAAGAUGUAUAGGAAACCAAUUUUCUUAAAGGAGUUACUAGACAACAAGAAUACGACCUGGUUUAAGAGGAUUAGGUAGGAGAUUUAAUUGUGUAAUGUUGAGUGAAAGGAAACACUAGUCCUGCACAGCCUUACGUUGUCAGCACCAAGUAAACUGUUGCAGAUUACACACCAGACAGAAUGCAAAACGUUUCAAAAUAUAUAAAGAAGUUUCGGAUGUAACUUUUUUUUGUAUAGCACUGGUAACAAAAUGGCAUCGCUGUUAGAAGUAUUUUUGUCUCACGUCUUUUUUCAGAUGACAAAGAGUAUGACAAAAAGUCGAAGAAAGACACCAAGAAAAAGGAACCAGCUUCUCUGUUCUGUGUAAAUGGAGAUAUGGAUAAGUCAGACGCCAAGAGCAAGAAGAAAGGUAACCGUUAACACUAGCUUUACGUAUUGAUUUUACACUGCUGCAAUUUUAGGGAUAAAUAAUGAUCGACUUGACAUUUUACAUUUUAGUCAUUUAGCAGACGUUCUUAUCCAGAGCGACUUACAGGAGCAAUUAGGGUUAAGUGCCUUGCUCAAGGGCACAUCGACAGAUUUGUCACCUAGUCGGCUCGGGGAGUAGAACCAGUGACCUUUCGGUUACUGGCACAACACUCUUAACCACUAAGCUACCUGCCGGUUGAAAAUCUCUAACCCAUCAUCAUGUAUUAUUUGUGUCUAAAUAUCUCCAACAUCAGAAGUCCCACACCCCUUUUGGAAGAGAACACAUUGCAAUAAUGUUACAGCACUGUAGGUACACUGUGAUAUGAUCAUAACCUGGAGUGCAUUCUCUCAUUAUCAUUAUCAGCCAAAUCUGAUAGUGAUGACAGUGAACCAGAAACCAAGUCCAGCAAGUCAAAAUCAAAGAAGAAGGAGAACGCCAACCCGGCAUCCAUGUUCGCAGCAGGGGGAGAGAAGGAUAAAGACAAGGACAAAGACAAGAAGAAGAAGAAGAAAGGCAAGAGUUUUCUGUUUUAAUUCAAUACAGCUCCAGUGUUUGGGCAUCUUCCUGCCAGUCAGUGAAAAAACAAGUUUUCCUAAUGUUCUAUUUUUCUAUCAGCCAAAGCAUCAGAGAGUGAUGAUUCUGAAUCCGAGGCAGAAAAAGGGACAAAAAAUAAAAAGGGAAAAAGGAAGAAGAAGAAGGUAGGUUUGUGUCUGCCGGUCCCUGUUUGGUGAGGUUUGUGUCUGCCGGUCCCUGUUUUAGUGAGGUUUGUGUCUGCCGGUCCCUGUUUUAGUGAGGUUUGUGUCUGCCGGUCCCUGUUUUAGUGAGGUUUGUGUCUGCCGGUCCCUGUUUUAGUGAGGUUUGUGUCUGCCGGUCCCUGUUUUAGUGAGGUUUGUGUCUGCCGGUCCCUGUUUGGUGAGGUUUGUGUCUGCCGGUCCCUGUUUUAGUGAGGUUUGUGUCUGCCGGUCCCUGUUUGGUGAGGUUUGUGUCUGCCGGUCCCUGUUUUAGUGAGGUUUGUGUCUGCCGGUCCCUGUUUUAGUGAGGUUUGUGUCUGCCGGUCCCUGUUUUAGUGAGGUUUGUGUCUGCCGGUCCCUGUUUUAGUGAGGUUUGUGUCUGCCGGUCUCUGUUUUAGUGAGGUUUGUCUCUGCCGGUCCCUGUUUUAGUGAGGUUUGUCUCUGCCGGUCCCUGUUUGGUGAGUAAGGGCUCGACUCAAUCCGUAUCGCAGAAGUUCAGCGCUAUAGCACAAUUGAAAUUUCACUGUAAAUGCUGCCUAUGUCGGUUCAAUCGGAAACUACCUUUACAUUUGAAUCGCACUAUAGUGCUGUACUUCUGCGAUACGGAUUGAAUCGUGACCUAGGUCACAAUGUUGCUAUUGCACAGUGAUGGCUUGUCGGGGGGCGUAUACAUUUCUGGAUUCUUCUGAUCAGGGCUCCAAAAAGAUGACUCCUUGCCUCCUUCUCAACCACACUGGAGAAGAAAGUCCAAGGUCCCUCCCCUCAGACCUUCUCCGAUGCAUUUAAGAAAAAGGCAAAGAGAGAGGAUGAAAAUGUAGAAUUGGAGCCUAGAGUCAUGUUUAAAUUAACCUGCUGAUAAACUGAUAAUCCUGGUUUUCACUGUCCUACAUCCAGGAGGAGAGGCCUCCAUCCCCAGACAUUGAGUUUGACAGCCUGGAGGAGUUUGUCCUGCAGCCAGCCCAGCAGGGGGUGACGGUCAAAUGCAAGAUGACCCGGGACAAGAGGGGCAUGGACAAAGGCUUGUACCCCACAUACUAUCUCCACCUCGACAAUGAAAAGAAGGUGAGGCACUCCCAGAGGUCAAGUUUAGGGGUUUCUGGCCCUGUGUAGCUCAGUUGGUAGAGCAUGGCGCUUGCAAUGCCAGGGUUGUGGUUUCGUUUCCCACAGGGGGCCAGUAUUAAAAAACAACAACAAAAAAAACAUGUAUGCACUCACUAACUGUAAGUCGCUCUGGAUAAGAGCGUCUGCUAAAUGACUAAAAUGUAAACAUUUUAAUGUAUUCCGUCUGUUGAUGUAUUACAAUCCACAAAUGUGGCUUCAGAUGAGUCACUCUUUUGAGGUUUUGCGAUUUAAUUUAGAAAUCAAUCUGAGAUGGAGCCAACGUGAGCUUAAAACCAAGUUGUGGAUUUAUGAUAUGAAUUUGAGGAAUCAUUGUCCAGGAGAUUUAUUCUGUGUUUUUACAGGUCUUUCUACUGGCUGGGAGAAAACGAAAGAAAAGCACAACCUCCAAUUACCUUAUCUCCAUAGACCCCACAGACUUGUCAAGAGGUGGAGAAAAUUUCAUUGGAAAGUUGAGGUAUCCGUAAGCUACAGUUAUAGAUCAAACUGUAACAUUUCUAUAAAGUAAUUAGUAUUACACCUGUAAUCAUGCAUUUCAUAAGCUCGUUUCAUUCAUCGAUUGAUGAUUUACCCUCCAUAGGUCCAAUAUGAUGGGCACUAAGUUCACAGUGUUUGACAAUGCUCUGCACCCAGACAGAGCACUACCAGACAUGUCCAAUGCUCGCCAAGAACUAGCAGCCAUCAUUUAUGUAAGGCUUUGACAUUUAUAUUGAAGUACCCUUUAUAAAGGUUUUUCAAAAGGGUUUAUAAGUAGUUUAUUAACUGCUAAUUGUUUCUGUAUAGUUGAGACAUUAAAUUAAUAUUUAUAAUGGGUUACAAAGGGUUAGUAAAGGGGCUAUAGGUAAUUCAAGGAAUGUUCAUUAUAAGAUUGUUAUUAGAAAAUCGUAUGUUAAAUUGAUCAAUGGUGGACAACUUCCAUAAAAAUGUAAUUCCUAUUUCCGCAUAUCUCUCUGACCUUUGGCGACAGGAAACUAAUGUCUUAGGAAUAAAGGGUCCCAGAAAGUUGACCGUCAUCAUCCCAGGGAUGGGCAAAGACAGUGAACGAGUACCCAUCCAACCUCGCAGUGUAAGUAAACCAUUGUUAUACAGAUGUCAUUCUGCCUGAGUUAUGGAUGAGGAUGAACAACACCUUAGUCAUUAUUUAAUCUUUAUUAUUUUUUUUGUUGUUAUUUUUAAAUAUUUUAUUUUAUUUCUUUAUUUUUGGGGGGGUAUUUUACCCCCGUUUUCGUGGUAUCCAAUUGGUAGUUACAGUCGGGAGGUCGAGAGUCGCGCGUCCUCCGAAACACAACCCAACCUAGCCGCACUGCUUCUUGACACAGUGCCCGCUUAAGCCGGAAGCCAGCUGCACCAAUGUGCCGGAGGAAACACCGUACCCCUGCGCGAUGGGACAAGAACAUCCCUGCCGGCCAAACCCUCCCCUACCCUGGACGGCGCUGGGCCAAUUGUGCGCCGCCCCAUGGGUCUCCCGGUCGCGGCCGGCUGCGACAGAGCCUGGAAUCGAACCAGGAUCUCUAGUGGCACAGCUAGCACUGCGAUGCAGUGCCUUAGACCACUGCACCACUCGGGAGGCCACAUAGUAUAUCGGAUGAUUCGCUUUUAUCACUUGAAUACAACAUUCCUCAUUAUCCAUAUUGUUAUUGUGACCAGCUAAUGUUGCUGCUUUUCUCCCACAUCCCUCUUCUUCAGGACAACAAUGGUUUACUGAUGAAGUUCCAGAACAGAAAGAUGGACAAUCUGAUCGAACUCCACAACAAGACCCCCACAUGGAAUGAUGACACGGCGUCCCAUGUGCUGAACUUCAACGGCAGGGUCACACAGGCCUCCAUCAAAAACUUUCAGAUCAUCCACAGCAAAGAUGGUGAGAAGAUACUCAAACCAAAAAUCAUCAUCCACAAUCAUAACAUUGUUUACAUAUUGUUUAUUUCUGGUAACUAUCAUAUACAAUAGUCCCGUGUAGCUCAGUUGGUAGAGCAUGGCGUUUGCAACACCAGGGUUGUGGGUUCGAUUCCUACGGGGGGCCAGUAUGAAAAUGUAUGCGCUCACUAACUGUAAGUCGCUCUGGAUAAGAGCGUCUGCUAAAUGACUAAAACGUCAAACGUAAACAAUACCGGCAGAUGAAAUUCCAAUAACAAACGUAGGUGAAUAAGGUUGGAUAAAGUCACAAAACCCACUAAUACAGUAUAUUUUGAGUUGUUUUAUUUUCCGCAAAAGUGUAAAUAUAAAAUGUUUGUGUGUGUGUACAUUUUUCUUAUUCUAGAGGCCUAUAUUGUAAUGCAGUUUGGACGAGUAGCAGAUGAUGCUUUCACUCUGGACUAUAGCUACCCAAUGUGUGCAGUGCAGGCCUUUGCCAUCGCUCUAUCCAGCUUUGAUGGCAAAAUAACCUGUGAAUAACAGGAAACCAUGGGCCCUGGUGCCUCCUCAAGCUGCUGCAACUCGUUAUACUACAGAUGCACACUACCAGAAAGAAGAAUUUCGUUCACCAUUUUUUAACACUCAACAUAAGUGCAAGGUGCAUAAAAGGAUGGAAGGAUGGAUGUCCUAGACGAGAUGGUGGGUCCCAAGUGCAUUUGAUAACACAUGGACUGUCUCUGUGAUUGUUUUGUUUGUUAGCGUCUCAUGCACAGGAGGCUGCUGAGGGGAGGACG